AACGCUACGUGAAUCACCCGACGCUACGAACCCCCUCCCCUUCGUCGCUCUAUUCGGGGUUCUUCUUCUCUCUCUUUCUCUCGCCCCACCCUUUCUAUUCUGGGGCUCUUUAUCUCUCCGACACAAUAAUCUUCUAAUCUCCCCCGAUUUAGAUCGAUCCCAAUAUAGCCCUUCCCUUCCUUUCUCUGCAAAACCUAUUUUUCCUUCUUUCACCUUUUUCUCUCCCACUCCCCACUGUUUCACUGCUCAUUCCCACGCGCUACCUAUCACAUUCCCCCCCCCCCCCCCUUUUUUUUAUUAAUCAUACGCACAUAAUAGGUCUCGCAAUUGCAAAGUACAUUCUAUAGCUAAGCCUUUUUCGUUGAAGCAUUGAACACAUUGGACGAGCUAUGAAGUGAAGAGCUAUAUAUAAACGAAGAUGUUUGGUUCAACUAGCCCUUUUGGGCAAUCAUCAAGUAGCCCAUUUGCUUCCCAAUCUGUUUUUGGCCAGACCAACAAUGCAAAUAGCAAUCCAUUUGCUCCAAAACCUUCCUUUGGUAGCAUUACCCCUUUUGGAUCACAAACAGGUGGUUCAAUAUUUGGGGGUACUUCUACUGGAGUGUUUGGCUCCGCCCAAUCUUCUUCUCCCUUUUCCUCAACAACUGCCUUUGGUGCUUCAUCAUCUCCAGCUUUUGGAAGUUCCAUGCCUGCUUUUGGAUCUUCUUCUACUCCUGCAUUUGGCAGUUCAGCAUCAUCUUUUGGUGGGUCUUCUGUUUUCGGUCAGAAGCCUGCAUUUGGCUUUGGGUCUACUACUACUCAAUCAAGUCCUUUUGGAAGCACAACGCAACAAUCACAACCUGCAUUUGGUAGUGGUAUAUUUGGUUCCUCUGUACCUUUUGGUUCCAGUACUCCUGCCUUCGGUGCCACGAGCACCUCUGCUUUUGGUGCCACAAGUACCCCUGCCUUUGGUGCCACGAGUGCCCCUGCUUUUGGUGCCACGAGUACCCCUUCUUUUGGUGCCACGAGUGCCCCUGCUUUUGGUGGCACAAGUACCCCUGCCUUUGGUUCCAUGAGUACUCCAGCCUUUGGUGCCACAAGCACCCCUGCCUUUGGUUCAACUGGAAGUCCAGCAUUUGGGAGCACUGGAACUGCAUUUGGUGUGUCCAAUGCCCCAGUCUUUGGAACAGGUGGCACAUUUGGAGCAUCAAGCACACCUGCUUUUGGCACUUCCAGCACUCCUGCAUUUGGGGGUUCGAGCACUCCUGCUUUUGGAGCAUCUUCAAGUCCAUCAUUCAGCUUUGGGUCAGCAUUUGGGCAGUCAACACCAGCAUUUGGUAGCUUUGGUGCCACGAGCACUCCUGCCUUUGGUUCCACAAGCACCCCUGCCUUUGGUGCUACCAGCACCCCGGCCUUUGGUUCCACAAGCAUCCCUGCCUUUGGUGCUACCAGCACUCCGGCCUUUGGUUCAACUGGAAGUCCAGCAUUCGGGAGCAGUGGAACUGCAUUUGGCAUGUCUAAUGCCUCUGUCUUUGGCACAGAAGGCACAUUUGGAGCAUCAAGCACACCUGCUUUUGGCACUUCAAGCAGUCCUGCUUUUGGAGCAUCUUCUACUCCUUCCUUCAGCUUUGGGUCUAGCCCAACUUUUGGCCAGUCCACACCAGCAUUCGGUAGUAGUCCAUUUGGAACCACUGCAUUUGGAGCCCAGAGUUCUCCUUUUGGAAGUCAAUCUUCUACACCAGCAUUUGGAAGCACUAGCUUUGGCCAAUCACCUUUUGGGGGUCAACGUGGGGGAAGUAGAGUAGCUCCGUACUCUUCUACUACUGAAGCAGAUGGAGGGAGUGGUACACAGCCAGCUGGAAAAUUGGAGUCAAUAUCAGCAAUGCCUGUUUACAAAGAUAAAAGUCACGAGGAGUUGAGAUGGGAGGAUUAUCAGUUAGGAGAUAAAGGUGGACCGAAUCCAGCUUCUCAGCCUUCUGCAGGGAUUGGCUUUGGUGUGUCAACUUCACCUUCAAAUCCUUUCAGCACCUCUUCAACAUUUGGUCAGACAUCUGCAAAUCCUUUUUCCAGCACAAGUACCAAUCCAUUUAGUUUAAAACCUCCAUCCUUUAAUAGUAUAGGUUUUACAACCUCAGCAACUACAUCAAAUCCUUUUCAAUCGACUUCAUCAAGCCUUUUUGGGCAAACUUCAUCAAUGACAACUUCAAUAUUUAGUUCAUCUUCCACUCCUACAUUUGGAACUGGGUCUUCUCUUUUUAGUUCAUCUGUCACUCCUUCCUUUUCAACUUCGUUAUCCAUUUUUGGCACUAGUGUAACUCCGGCAACAACGCCUACAUUUGCUACUGGUUUAAAUUUUAGCAGCAGUCAGACAUCCCCCCUGUUCAGUUCUACCCCUGCAAUUGGGCAGACAGGCAAUGCUUUUGGGCAGGUGACCUCUACAUUUGGACAGAAUACUACUAAUUUUGGUCAAACAAGCAUUUUCAACACACCUUCCACUGGGUUUGGUGGGAAUAUGUUUUCAAGCUCACUAUCUUUCGCUCCUUCUAGCAGCCCAGCUGCCUUUGGCUCAACAACUCCCCCUUUUUCUUCUCCUUUUCAGCCAGCUCAGACUAGUGGUGCUUUCAGUUUCAGCAAUUUUGGUCAGUCACAACCAGGUGGUGGUUCAAGCAUUUUUGGUCAGAGUAACAUUGGCUUGUCGUAUGUGUCUUCUACACAGAGUGCUGCUGUAGCGCAACCCUCGACUAUUGCAAACCCCUAUGGAACACUCCCUGCUAUGCCACAAAUCUCAAUUGGUCGGACUGGGGCUGCCCCAUCUGUUCAAUAUGGAAUUUCUAGCAUGCCUGUUGUGGACAAACCUGCUCCUGUUAGAAUAUUGCCCUUAUUGACUUCUCGAUACUUGUCGCAAAGGCGGAUUAGGUUGCCUACAAGGAAAUAUCAUCCUAAUAAUGAUAGUCCGAAGAUUCCAUUUUUCAGUGAUGAUGAAGAGACACCCUGCGUGCCUAAGGCCGGUGCUGUUUUUAUUCCUAGGGAAAACCCAAGGUCUCUGGUCAUUCGCCCCACAAAAAGUUGGCCGUCCAGAGCUUCUGCAGAGAAGGCAUCACCAUUGAAGGAUGCAUCCACACCGCCGCAUGAGAAUGGCAAAUUUUCUAAUGAUGGCUCCAACGCUGAGGAUAAAGACGAAAAUCCUGCUGAAAAUGGCCUUGUGAAGGAGCGAAUUCAUAUCAUCAGAAGUAACCAAAAGGCUAAUGGAGUCCAUGAUGAUUAUUCUACUGAGAAAGAUGACUUGUACAUGACGAUCAGUGGUCACAGAGCUGGUGAAGCAGCUAUUGUCUAUGAGCAUGGGGCUGACAUCGAGGCUCUAAUGCCAAAGCUCCGCCGUUUUGACUACUUUACAGAACCUCGAAUCCAAGAACUAGCAGCGAAGGAAAGGGCUGAACCAGGGUACUGUCGCCGUGUAAAGGAUUUUGUCGUUGGGCGGCAUGGUUACGGAAGCAUCAAAUUCUCGGGUGAGACCGAUGUGAGACGUCUUGAUCUGGAGUCCCUUGUCCAAUUCAACAACCGUGAGGUGAUUGUUUACUUGGAUGACAGCAAGAAACCUCCUGUCGGACAAGGUCUUAAUAAACCUGCUGAGGUAACACUUCUCAACAUUAAAUGCUUCGAUAAAAAGACCAGGCAGCAGUAUACAGAAGGGCCACGAGUCGAGAAAUACAAGAACAUGCUUAAGAGGAAGGCAGAGGAGCAAGGAGCUGAGUUUCUCUCCUAUGAUCCCAUCACAGGAGAAUGGAGGUUCAAGGUCAAUCACUUCAGCACAUACAAGUUGGAAGAUGGAGACGAUGAUGGUGAAGAUAAAAAGCACUUGUAAAUGUAGGCUGUUCCGGAUUAAGAAGAUGGGGUCACUUGUAUUCGAAGGAAGAGCUUUACAGAAAGCCAUGGCCACCGUGAAGGGUUAAUUUGAAUUGUACAGGAAUUGCCAAAUCGUUCAGAGUAAUACCUGAACCGUGUUGUGUUUCGAGUAUUGGUUUUUGUAUGCGUGUUUGUAUUUGUAUUGUUGUAAUUUUCUUUCUCGUUUUAAACUUUCAAUAUGUUACUUCUGGAUUGGCAUUUUAUCAUUUUGUAAUGGGGAAGUGUUGGUCAAGAGGGAGAUCCGAUUUUUGUGUCUUAAUAA